AUGGCAUGUUGCGGUGCCCCUUCAUUGACACCCUUGGCCCGGUAUGCAAGAUCAUUAAGGACUCAGCUCGAUGACGGUGAAAAGCUGCCCAUGCUCUUUCCUAUGUACACCGUUCCUUUAGGCACCUUGUUGGAGAUGACCAUGAUCGAGCCUCAUGAAGCGCUGAAGGCUCGAGAUGUCUUGGUGGAGUUCGAAAGGAAUAUGGGCAACGCGGCAUUUGUUUCACACCAGUGGGUUGCCAGCAACCACCCGGACCCAGAGUGCGCGCAGAUGAGGGUCUUGCAGGAUGCUUUAGAGAACAUAAUGGGCAACUUGAAGAAAAAACAUGCAGAUCUAGUUCCUGAAACGCAAAAUCCAGAUUUGGAGUCCUUGCCCACAUCGAAGAUUCUGUCAGAACCGCUGUUCUUUUGGUAUGAUUAUUUCUCAUGCCCGCAGACGGAAAGGCGUAGUGCACUUUUAGGUCAUGGAGGAAAAGUGCACAGAAGAAAACUGCUGGAUGCCAUCAACAGCAUACCGGCAUAUGUGGACGAGUGCUCCUUCUUUUUUGCCCUUGUACCAGUCUUGGAAAAUCCGAGCGGAACCAAUCUGACCACUCCAACCACAUGGAACAGUAGGGGCUGGUGCAGGUUGGAGAGAUCUUGCCGAGAGCUCUCCCCAAACCACUCCUGGAUUCAGGUGAAAGGCCCCACUGAUCUUCAGCUCAUAUCGGCCGCUGGAGCAUCCAUUCAGGCUGGAUCUGGGCCAGUGGGUGAAGGAGCCUUCACAGUGCCGGAGGAUCGCUUGCAACUCGGGCCGGUUCUCAUGAAAGCACUGAAGCGCAAGCUGCUUUGGCUUCUCAAAGCCCAAGAUCUGCCAGGUUUUCGCUUUUUGCUGAACCAGCAAGCUUUUGUUUUCAGAGGUUUGGAUUGCAACCUGUUCGAGCCUGUUCCGGGUUUUGAGAACAACCAUGUGGAUUGGGAUUUUUCACCGCUUGUCAUGAAGUUCUUCUAUCAGAAUGGUUUCCGCAGCAUCUGCGAGAUUGACAGUGCUGGAUUUUUGCCUCUGCACUACGCGGCCCUGAACGGCGACCCGUCGCUGGUUCAAGACCUGCUGGCACUUCAGGCAGAUCCGAGCCAAGAAACAAGAAAAACCCACCCAGGUCUUGGAUAUGAAUCGGGGAUAUCACCUCUUACCAUUUCCUGCAUCUUCAAGAACAAUGAGGCUGUCCGCGUCUUGAUCUCUGCCAAAGGCAGGGUCAGCAGCGCGAUUAUUAGCAGACCUCUUCAGAUUGCGAGUGCUGUUAACAAUACAGAAGCCAUCCAUAUUCUUCUGGGUGCUUGGUGCCCGCUGGAGCCGAAUUCUUUGGGUGUCACUCCGCUAGAAUGUGCUGCCGCCUAUGGAGGCAUUGAAGCAUUCGACGAGCUCCUCAGACACACCAACGUGAGCGCCUUGGAUGCCACUCGCGCUCUUUGCAAUGUAGCAAAUACUGCUGGAAGUCCAGAGAUGGUGCACCGACUGGUUAAAAUGAGGGCAGAUGUCAAUGAUCAGACUGGUGACUGGUACAAGCACACCUCACUGAUGCGAGCUGUCUGCACCUUCAAGGUUUUGCAGCACCGGUUUCACAAGGCCACAAAAUUCAGCAAGUUUCUGUACCAUGUUAAAGGUGCCACACCUUUGAUGCUAGCCUUACUCUGCGGGAAUGACGAAUGUGCUGCGGCUUUGAUUGCUGCAGGGGCAAAGCUGAAUCUACGGAACUCGCAGGGAUUGACUGCAGCGGAUCUAAUACAAAGGCGUUUGGGGCCGAAAUUCCUGCUGGAGGCUUGUGAAGGAAGAGUCGAAGCAUGCCAGAGGGUUUCACUACUUGCACGUGGCUGGGGUAGGCGUAUGAUGGCCUAUGUAGGCGUGGCUAGUGGCGAGGUUGAGGGCUAUAAAAUCAGUGUGGAAGCUGGUGCGGGUGUCAAGAGUGGCAUCUCUGAUAGCGCUUACGAGGCAGUGGGCUGCACAGUGGUCUCUAGGAAUCAGGUCAAAAGCAGUAGCGAACUGCUCUUCGCGAUCAACCCCCCUCCAGCGGAGGAGCUAGGCAGCCUCUCUGGUAAAACCCUGGUGGCUUGGAUUGGACGUCGGCUGCCGGAGGGGGAGGCCUACGUCAAAGCUGGCCAGGAGGCCAAAGUGACCCUAAUGGACACAACUGCAGUGCCGCGGAUCACUAUUGCGCAGAAGAUGGACGUGCUGUCCUCGCAGGCCAAGUGUGCAGGGCACAGGGCCGUGCUGGAAGGUGCCUACGCCUUCGAACGCUUCUACCAGGGUGAAAUUACAGCUGCUGGGAAGUACCCGCCCUGUCACACUAUGGUCUUGGGCAUCGGCGUGGCCGGCUUGGCGUCCAUGGGCACCUCAAGCGCCCUGGGAAGUGUGGUGCGCGCUUGGGACGUGCGCGACGUGAGCGACCAGGUGAAAUCGAUGGGCGGCAAAUGGAUCACAGUGGACUUCAAGGAAGAUGGUGCUGGUGCGGGCGGAUACGCAAAGGAGUCCUCCAAAGAGUUUCAGGAGGCGCAGAAAGCAACCUUCCACAAGCAUGCGAAGGAGGUGGACAUCAUCAUCAGUACUGCUGCGAUUCCAGGAAGAAAGUCACCUGUUUUGAUUGAGGACUACAUGGUCAAAGACAUGAAACCUGGAAGUGUCAUCGUCGACCUGGCGGCCGCAGGUGGCGGGAACUGCACGAUGACGAAGUCAGGAGAGAAAUACACCACUGAGAACGGCGUGACCAUCAUCGGAUACACGGAUCUGGCCGGCCGCAUGGGGAUGCAGGCCUCGGCCAUGUAUGCCACCAACAUGAUGCACAUGGUGAACCACGUCACGGGGAAGGAGGGAGCCGAAGCCUUCAUGCCCAACAUGAACAAAGCCCUGGCAUCCGAUGAGGGAGACAUCGUUGUGAAGUCCAUGGUCUGCUGCAAGGACGGUCAGCCGGUCGUGGCGCCGCCGCCGCCCGAACCCACGCCGGUGAAGAAGAAGGAGCCAAAGGUGGAGAAGGCUGCUGCGGUGAUUGAUCCUGAGGCGGAGGCCAAGCAAACCAGCGCAGCCGUUGCAGGCACUUCUGCCCUGGCCAUCGGUGCCAGCUUGGGCGGAGAUCCAGGCUUCAUCGCGAUGCUGAACACCUUCGGCCUGGCGGGUGCGGCCGGGUACCAGGUCGUCUGGGGCGUGACGCACGCGCUGCACACGCCGCUCAUGGCGGUGACCAAUGCCAUCAGCGGCCUGACAGCGGCCGGAGGUCUGAUGCUGAUGGGCACAGGUGGUGGUCUGAUGGCACAAGGACUGGCGCAGGCUUCUGUGGGCAUCUCUGCUGUGAACAUUGCGGGUGGCUUUUUGGUGACAAAGCGAAUGCUGGAUCUCUUUCGAAAGCCUGGAGAGGCAGAUUACACUACCAUCUAUUUGUUGCCAGCAGCAGGAUUGGCGGUGGUGCCUUUUGCCCUGCCUGCAGCAGCACCUACCGUGGGCACUCUCUCAGGUCUGAUGUGCAUCGGUGCCAUUGGCGGCCUUUCGUCCCAGAAGACGGCGCAGUUCGGCCUGGCCCUGGGCGUGACGGGCGUCACAGGCGCCAUGUCAAUGACGCUGGCAGCGCUGCCAUCGGGUCAGUUGGCACCUGCCCUUGGCCUUGUUGCGGCCGGUGGAGCAGCAGGCUUUGGUCUGGGCAAGGCCGUCAGUCCUAUGGCGCUCCCGCAGACGGUGGCCGCCUUCCAUGCGCUGGUGGGCGCCGCAGCGGUAGCCACUUGUCUCGGAAGUCACAUGAUUCAUCCGGAUGCCAACAUUGGGCACAAGGUAGGUGCUAUGCUCGGCAACGCCAUUGGAGGUAUCACCUUCACUGGGUCCCUGGUCGCCUUUGGUAAGCUGAACGGAAACCUGAGCUCGAAGCCAUUCAACUUGCCCAACAAGAACAUGUUGAAUGUUGGCAUGGCAGCAUCUCAGCUCGGUAUGCUGGGCCUCUUCUGUGCUAGCAGCUCACCGGGUCUCGGAACUGCCUUGAUGUAUGGCACCACAGCACUGUCCUCGGCGAUGGGAGUGCAUUUGGUGGGCAGCGUAGGAGGAGGCGAUAUGCCCUGCUGCAUCACCGUGCUGAAUUCCUACAGCGGCUGGGCCCUGGUGGCGGAAGGCAUGCUGUUGGGCAGCCCGACCCUGACGGUGGUGGGCUCGUUGAUCGGCUUUAGCGGUGCCAUUCUGACCAAGAUCAUGUGUGAUGCCAUGAACCGUGACAUCAUGAACGUGAUCUUCGGUGGAAUGAGCGUCGCGCCACCCAAAAAGGGGGGUGCCGUCGAGGAGGUCAAGGAGCAUAGAGAAACCAAGCCCGAACAAGUGGCCGAUCUGCUGUUGGACUCCAAGGAGGUCAUGAUCGUGCCCGGCUACGGCAUGGCCGUGUCACAGGCCCAGAGAGCGGUGGCCGACAUCGCCGGCUUCUUGAAGGAGAAGGGCAUCAACACGCGCUUCUCCAUUCAUCCAGUGGCCGGCCGAAUGCCUGGCCAGAUGAAUGUGCUCUUGGCGGAAGCCGGCGUGCCGUACGACUGGGUCUUCGAGAUGGACGAGGUUCAAGAUGAAAUGCCCGCGGUGGAUACCUGCCUAGUGGUUGGUGCGAAUGACAUCACCAAUGAGGCAGCCGAAGUGGAUGAGGAUUGCUCCAUCUAUGGCAUGCCCGUGAUCAAGGUGUGGGAGGCCAAAAACUGCAUCUACUUGAAGCGAUCCAUGGCCGGAGGCUAUGCGGACAUCGAGAAUCCGGUCUUCUUCAGAGAAACCACGCAGAUGUUGCUAGGCGACGGCAAGUCCAGCUGUGAAGGCAUUGCGGCUGCCUUGAAAGCGAAAGGUUGA